AUGGAGGAUUCAUCCCAGAAGCGCAUGAGCGCUAUUCCGCGACUCUCGAAGCUACCUGUACCAAGACCAACUUCAGGAAUCCCAAAGCCAGCAUCAGCUCUACCACGGCCAACAUCAGUUGUUCGGCCCUCGCCAUCAAGGGAGAGUCUGGGCGGUGGUGAGCUACGGAAUCCUCGGCUUCGACCUUCAAUGUCGAGAGAUCAAUUACGAACUGGUCAGCCAGAUCUCCAACAGCGAGCGCAAAGACUACGACCUGCAGUUUCCAGGGAGCAUCUCAACACUGGAACAAGACGUACAUCGCUCAUCACAAAACCUACACACUUAUCCCCAGCAAAGCCUAUGGCCCAACGAAUUCCUUCCACGCCACAUCGAUCGAUGGAGCGACAAGCUGAUAUCAUUGAGGAACAAUCUACAACACCCCCUUAUGAUCCGCCGGGAGAAGCUAUGGGUGUUCAAUUCGAUGGCAAUAUCUUCCCUCGUCAAUUGACUCUUACAAGGAGACCUUCAGAGACCUUUGCAACUUCACCGUUGUAUGAUCCCGCCAACAACAUCUUUGACCCAAACCAAUCAAGACCACGAACCGCUUCGACCGAUGAGGAUGAUAAACCAGAUGCAUUGAGGGCUCGCUCUCGCAAGCCAAGACCCUCCCUGAGCGAGAGAACCAUCGAGACUCUGGCUUCCAUCCCUUCUUCUCCUGCCAUGAUCAAGUCUUCAAACUUCUUCGAUCAAGGACGAUCAAGUUCACGACCACGUUCAAGAGCAGAUAGCGGCGGUUCCAGACCAGGUUCUAGCUAUGCUUCAGAUGCUUCAGUCAGAAUUUACAGGACCGAGAGUCGACCGGGCUCUAGCUCAGAACAAUCCGACCUUGGUUACAGCAGCUUUCGAGGUUCCGCAAGUGCCUUUAGGAAGCCCCUGACUCCCAUCGAUGGAACUCCUCAGAAGCGAUCAUCGGUGGUCGGAAGCAAGACUCCCAAUACUCGAGCAGGGGCCUCCAAGCCAGCUCCCUUCUCCGACGCGAGAAGCCCCAGCCCUGGCAAGCCUACCAUGAUGUCUCCCAAAGGCUCGCAGUCUAUGGCUUUACGACCUGCCAAGUCAAGGGCCCCUGUGCAGGGUUUAUUCAAGAAGCCCUCACUUCCUGCUCUCGGUAAGGCUUCGCUGAAUGGGACCUCGAACCGCCGUGUGUCGGUCAAUUCUGCCUCCACGGCUUCCUGGGACGGUACAAUUCCUUCAGCAGGCUCUUCUCACAAUACGUCUCUGACAGCUGAUUCGGCCGAGCCUGGAACACCACCAUCGGCUCGCAAGUCCUCAGCCGCUCUGCGUGAACAGAUCGCCAAGGCAAAGGCUGCCAAACGGGCACAGAUGAAGCAGGCAGCUGAGAUUGAAACGCAUCCAGAAGAAGCACCAAUCGUCCCUUCGGAUACUGGCUUUGACUUUGGUGUCACCCAUGAUGAUCCGUUCAAUGCGCGCAAAGGCGAAGACCCCAAGAAGAAGGUUCUCCAGAAUCGCGUCAAUAAUGCAAGGACUACUGGAAGACUUAACAUCGCGGCUUUGCACCUCAAGGAAAUUCCCGUCGAGGUUCUCAAGAUGUACGAUCUGGAGAGCAUCGGUACCUUUGAUGGAAGCUGGGCAGAGAGUGUUGAUCUGACACGAUUUGUUGCUGCGGACAAUGAGUUCGAAGAACUAGAUGACUUCAUUUUCCCUGACAGCAACCCUUCUUCGUUCGACGAGGCCCAAGCUAGUCAAGGAAACAUCUUUGCUGGUUUGGAGACAUUGGAUAUGCAUGGCAAUCUUCUCGUCAAUGUCCCGUUGGGAUUUCGACGGUUGACUUGCCUGACCUCCUUGAACUUGUCAAAUAAUCGCCUCACGAAUAACAGCCUUGACACCCUCUCACAAGUCACCUCUCUGCGCGACUUGAAGCUUGCAAACAACCUCUUCUACGGCCCCCUCAACCCCGUGCUGUCGAGUCUGAAUGAGCUGGAAAUCCUUGACGUGCACAGUAACAACAUCUCUGCACUACCUCCCAAGGUCGAAAACAUGUCGCGUCUUCGUAUUCUUAACUUGAGCGAAAACAGCUUCGAGUCUCUGCCUUUUGAUAGCAUUGCCACCCUCCCCAUUACCGAGCUGAACAUCAGGAAGAACAAGCUCAAGGGCACCCUGAUUGAGGAGCCCAUCGGCUGUCUGCCUCAGUUGCACACACUGGAUGCUUCUGCAAACCAGUUGCAAAGACUUGUGCCCUUGGGUGCCUCAAUCGAUCUGCCAGUUCUGCAUUCUCUUUCUCUCUCAAUGAACCGUCUUCAAGGGCUUCCAGACAUGACGACCUGGACAAGCCUUUUGACGUUAUCGGUCGAAGAGAACAACAUCUCUGGAAUUCCCAACAGUUUCAUGGGUCUUGAGAAACUUCGUCAUGCUGAUUUCUCUAGCAACGACAUCAGAGUGAUUCCUCCCGAGGUGUCUCGCAUGGAUAACUUGUCUAUGAUUCGACUCAGCGGCAACCCUCUUCGUGACAAGAAGUUCCUCUCCAUCACCACCGAAGAUCUGAAGGAGGUGCUUGCUGGCCGCCUUGAACCACCACCUCCCUACCAAGAGCCAGCUUCUCAAGUCGGCAUCCUAGAUGUUCUGGCUGAUAUAAAGGGUCCUGACAACACGCAAUCGAACCCUGACGCAAUGUUUGAUGAAAAUGACAGGUCAGAUGAUGAUUUCGCUACACCUCCCCAAAGCCCUAAUCGUUCCCGAUCUCACACUGUAUCAAGCCACCGCUCUCGAUCGCACACGUUGUCGAACCAGACCUGGCCCGUCAAGCCUGGCGGUAUCCUAGAUCGAUCCCAAACCCAGUCUUCAUCACUACAUCCCGUUGUUUGCUCUAAAGUCGCUGCCGAACACCGUGUCCGACAAAUCUUCCUCCAAAACAACCUUUUUGCCACCCUGCCCAACUCGCUUAGCUUUUUUGCCGAAACAUUGACUGCCCUGUCUGUGUCUCACAACCAGAUGGUUGGCGAGGCGUACCUGACGGAGGAAUUGGAACUCCCAGCUUUGAGGGAACUUAACUUGGCAUCGAAUCACAUCACCGGUCUCGGAGCGCUUGUGCGGUUCUUGCAUGCACCAGCCCUGGAGAAGAUUGACGUGACCAUGAAUCGCCUCAACGCUCUCCCAACGAAUCUGAAGGAGUCUUUUCCCGUUCUGAACGUCUUGCUAGCGAGCAACAACCACAUCGUCGAUCUCGAACCAGAUAUGAUCAAGGGUCUUAAGAUCGUCGACGUGAGCAACAACGACAUCGCCCACCUGAACCCUCGAAUUGGUCUUCUUGGUGGCCCAGGCGGACUCGAGCGAUUUGAGGUCGUAGGCAACCGAUUCAGAGUUCCGCGGUGGAACGUGAUCGAGCGAGGCACGGAUGCCACUCUGCGGUGGCUCAGGGGCCGUGUGCCAGUCGCUGAUAUGGCUACAUGGCAGGGAGAUGAUGACGAGCCUGAGGUGGAUUGA